CAAAAAACGAAAAGUGGGAAAGUAAUGAAAAUCAAGCUUACUAAAAGUAAAAUGUAUGUAGUGUUUACCAACACAACAGAUACAGAACACCAGUCUUAUCCCCUUUCCUCUCGCUGCGAAGUGCUGCAACUGAGUGGGAAAAGAGUACAACUCUUAUCCAUAGCUAUGGCGUUAAACUGCGCCAUUUCUUCCUCGAUGCUGUUCGCGAAGCCCUCCGACAAGUCUUUCUCCUCCUCCCUCAAGAAAACGCCUUUCCUCGGAAUCUCACUCGCCAACAACACUUCACCCAAACCGCCCAUUCAAUUGAAGGUGUCAAAGAUUUGCUGUCAAGAGAAAGCCGCUCUCGUUCCAGCUGGACAGCAAUGGAUGUUUGACGACCUGACCGGACCUGUUUUCUUGUUCUACUUUGUUUCUGGUGAAAUUCCAGUAGCCACUGGCUAUUCUGAUGUUUGGAAUAAAACAUGGUAUCCCAAAGCUGCAGACCAUCUUCCUAAGGAUAAGAAAUGGUAUGUAGUGGAUGCCACUGACAAGAUUCUUGGAAGACUGGCUUCGACAAUAGCUAUUUACAUCAGGGGAAAGAAUCUGGCAACAUUCACUCCUAGUGUGGACAUGGGAGCAUUUGUUAUUGUGGUCAAUGCUGAGAAGAUUGCUGUGUCUGGAAAGAAGAGGAUACAGAAACUCUACAGGAGGCACUCGGGAAGGCCAGGUGGGAUGAAAGUUGAAACCUUUGAUCAGCUUCAGAAGAGAAUUCCUGAAAGAAUUAUCGAGCAUGCAGUUCGUGGGAUGCUUCCCAAAGGACGGCUCGGGAGGACAUUGUUUACCCAUCUCAAGGUUUAUGCUGGUCCGGACCACCCUCAUCAGGCCCAAAAACCCAUUGAGUUGCCCUUAAGGGACAAAAGGAUACAAAAGCAGCCAUAAGAUAUUUUGAUGUGUUUCGAUCAGGAAUCAGCUAAGCAUCAACUUCUACAGUUGUUCAUAUGUUUCCGGCCGCUGACUAUCUAUUCUAAAACUUCAAACACAUCAAUAGUUGAUUCACCACUUUUUGGAGACAUUUAAUUUGAGUCAGAAUUAUGAUUCCUGUCAAGCUCCUCUUUGUUAAAUUGUAUGUUGUAAUGUUUGUAUGUUCAAUCAUUUUCAAUCAGUCUAUUUUCGCUCUCUUUGUUCUUUAUUUUCUUGAGGUCAGGUUAGUCCUAUGCUUUUGUUGGUGAUAUAAAGAUUUUGCUAGAUAUGCCAGACCUUGUGUCAAGUAUUACUGAUCAAUAGUGAAAUCUAAUGUACCCUUCGAGGUUUAGCCUUAACUACCAGAGAAAAUUAGAAAUACCUCUCGAUA